AUGACCCAAACGCUCAAGAUUGGCAGCGUCACGGCAGUGCAGGCGUUGCUGAAGGGUGUAGGCUCCUGUGCUCUAGUGGACCAGGCUGUAUUGGCCGAGAUCCACUGCUGGUUCGACGAGCUGCUGAUAUGUGAAUUGCGUUUCAAUGCAGUCGACAUUGAGAACAUUACCAGUGCUUACGACCCAAAAACUGGCAAGCUCCUUACAGCACAUUUGGACCGUCCACGUUUAAAGAAAGAUGCUGUACCAUCAAAGUUGCCAGGAUGCCCUACGUAUUUAUCUUCAAAACAAGCACCAGCUCGAGAAGAGCCAGAGAGUCGUCGUGAACGUUUGGAGAACCAAGCACUUGAGAAAGUCAUUGAGCAGAGUAUGGAAUCUCACACAAAAAUGAUGGAGAAGAUUUCACUUGCUAGUUUAGAAGAGUUUAAAUUAAAAUUAUCUGAUUGUGAAAGGCACAGAGACUGGGAGACGUCCAAAGUGUUUGGUGAUGUUGUUGUAAGGCCUAUUGAUGUUGAUGCUGCCCUUCGUAGAAUAUCAGACUUUCAAGAUAUCGAUAACCAAGAGCUAUUAAAUAUAGUAGUUGAUGAUAAUGAUGUUGAUGAAAUAGAGGAAAACACUUGGCCAUUACUCCAUUAUAUAUCAGCUGCCGGCGUGCCCCGCCCACCAGCACCCCCUUCUCCGCCCCCGCCGCCUCCGCCGCUUUUAAUUGCCGCGGUGAUGACAGCGGCGUUAUGA